AUGUAUAUAUUAAACGAUGGUCUGUGUCUUGCAUCGUAUGCUCUGUACGAACGGUUGGAGUCUGUUCGUUGUGAUUUAUUCAAUAUGAUUACUGUAAUUAUUGCAUUAAUAACAAUACUGUCAUUAUAUGUAUUUGGAACAAGGACGUAUAAAUACUGGGAGCAGAGGGGAAUCAAACAUGACAAGCCUAUACCGUUCCUGGGCAACAAUGCAAGAAAUUUCCUGAUGCAGGCGAGCCAAACGGAAAUUGUAGUUGAAAUGUACUGGAAGUACCCGAAAGAGAAGGUCGUCGGGUUCUACCGAGCGUUUCGGCCGGAGCUUGUGGUAAGGGAUCCCGAAAUUGUGAAACGAGUUUUGACAACCGAUUUCGUACACUUUUAUCCACGCGGUAUAAACUCACACAAGAAAGUAAUUGAACCGAUGCUACGUAAUCUAUUCUUUGCGGACGGUGACGUAUGGCGGCUGCUGCGACAGCGCAUGACCCCGGCGUUCACCAGCGGCAAGCUGAAGGCAAUGUUCCCGUUGAUCGUCGAGCGAGCAGAGAGGCUACAAGUGCGAGUCCUGGACGCCGCUUCAAGGGGCCACAUUAUAGACGCUCGUGAAUUGCUGGCUCGCUACACAACUGAUUUUAUUGGAGCUUGUGGCUUCGGUCUUGAAUCGGACUCGCUAAACGAUGAGAACUCAGCAUUCAGACAAUUAGGAGCAAAAUUUUUUUCACUCAACGCAAAGCAGCUUUUUAUUAGUACGCUCAAAAUUAUGUUCCCUGAAAUAUUUAAAUAUGCAAAAACGCUAGCGGAAGUGGAGUCCGACAUCGUUCCUCUUGUAAAGGAAAUCCUGAAGCAAAGAAAUUAUCAACCAUCGGGGCGUAACGACUUUAUAGACCUGCUGCUAGAAUGCAAAGCCAAAGGUACUAUCGUAGGAGAGUCUAUAGAGCACUUCAAACCAGACGGAGUGCCCGAAAUUGUAAAACUGGAGAUGGACGACUUGCUAAUGGCAGCGCAAGUCUUAGUUUUCUUUGCCGCCGGCUUCGAAACUUCAUCCUCUACCACGAGCUAUACUUUACACCAGUUGGCUUAUAAUCCUGACGUACAAAAAAAAGUGCAAUCAGAAAUUGAUCGGGUCUUAGCUAAGUAUGACAACAAACUGAGUUACGACGCAAUUAAAGAAAUGACGUACUUGGAAUGUGCGUUCAAAGAGGGCAUGAGGAUAUUUCCUUCCGUAGGAUUCUUAACUCGUCAGUGCGUCACCAAAUAUACGAUUCCUGAGAUUGAAGUGACAAUCGACCCCGGAGUUCAAAUUUUAAUACCUAUACAAGCGAUGCAAAAUGAUCCGCAAUACUUCGCCAAUCCCGAGCAGUUCCGGCCGGAGAGGUUUCUUCCCGAAGAAUUUGAUUCUAACAAUAAAUACGUGUACUUGCCAUUUGGAGUCGGACCUCGUGCUUGUAUUGGUGAACGGCUUGGCCUGAUGCAGUCACUCGCAGGAUUGGCGGCUAUACUGUCCUGCUGCUCCGUGGAACCAGGUCCAACUACGAUUCGCAAUCUCAAGAUGAACCCUAAAAGUCGUAUUGUGCAAACCAUCGAAGGCGGUAUACCAUUAGUUUUUCGUAAAAGGGAUAUCCAGAAUUAA